GUACCACAGCCACACGCUAAGGGUGAAAGGACUUUACAAAGAACCUCUACGCCUGGAUAGACUUAAUACCUGUGGAGAUAAAAUAUAAAAACCUGGAUUUUCUUUCCUUUGCCUGGAAGUUUUGAACUUUUGCGGUCUUAUCUCAAAUUUGGAUGAAGUAAGUGUCCCAUCAUUUCUUUAACUUUACUAAUGGCUCAGCCAGGCUCUCUCCCUAACCCAGAGCUCUCAAAUGGUGCCAUUGUCCAUGGCCCACUAGGGAUCUGUUCAGACCUGGAUACGCAGAGAGGAAUAGAGGAUGAGGAGGGAGAAGGGGAAGAUGAGGAUGUGGAACUAGCCGAGGAAGUCGGGAGGAUGUUUUAAUGAUGGCAGAAGCAGAAGAGGGUCAAGACGAAGAAAUAAGCAGAGAGCUGAGUGAAAGGGAGGAAUCAAGGAUUAACCAAGUGGCCCCGUCACCAAAUGAAGAAAUACAAGAGGUGGAGGCAGGUGGUGAAAGACAGGAAGAAAAUGGGAAAGGCGGAGUGAAAGGAGAGGAUUUAGAACACAUAAUGAUAGAGGAGCUGACAAGCCACAAAGAGGCUGAAGGUGAGGAAGAGCAAGGGUCAGAAGAAACAGAGGCAGGGAUUGAAGAUCCAUGUCACUCUGCAGAAGUGAUAGAGGACAAAACAGGCCAAGAGCAGACAUCCGACAGCAGUAAAGAAACAGAAGAAGAAAGUAAAAAUGAACAAGAAGCAGUGAUAGCAAGUUCAGACACAAAGGAAAGCGAGGAUAACACAGAUGAUGAAGAGAGUGGAUUAGAAGAACAACAGGAAGUGUCCACUACUGAUGAUGCAGAAUAUGUUCAGGAGUCAGAAGAGGAUGGACAGCUGUGUACUGACGAUGAAUCAGAAGUUGUUAUUCUGCCCACUGAUGGUGAGGCUGCACAAAUCAUUAUGGAUGCAACAGUAGUAUCCCCUGUUACUAUGGGCAUGGAAGAAAAAGUCAAACAUCAAGAUGAGCUAUACCAAACCUCAACUGAUGGCAUACACUUUGAUACAGAAGCCAUACAGGAAGUCAAUCAGACCAACCAGUUAACCAGUGAGGAAGAAGAUGAACACACUGAUGAAAAGGAGAACCCAGAAUCCAGUGAACAGGAAGUUGAGACCACAAAUAAAACUGUCACAUGGGAACGGGAGGAUUAUAUAGAGGCAAAGUUUGAGGAUGAAGAAACCGACGAGUUAGUGAAAGAUGCAGUUUCUACUUCUGAGGAUCUUCUGGACAUAGUGGGUGAAGUAAACCAGGAAGAGGACACAUCAGACUUUGCAUUUGAACCAUCUGAAGAACAGACAGAAGGAGGGAUUGAGGAAACUGAGGUAGGGAUCAACGAGAGGGACGAAGAGGAAAAGCAAGUGCGACAGGUUGGGGUUAAUUCUCUAACGGAGAUGGAUCGGGGAGGACAGAGUGCUGAAGAGGAUGGGAAGACAGCUGAUAACGCUAUUACAGAUACAAUGGGGGAGGAAGAGCCCAGAGGAGACGUUAAUGUAGAAGAAGAGAAGAUUGUUGAAGCUGAAAUGCAGGAAGAUCCUUCAGAAGCAGUUCUGCAGUCUGUGGAGGGGGUUCCUUUAGACAUGCAGGAACACGAGGACAUGGAUCAGGUGGAGGAGGCAUUUCAGCUGGAGGAAGAGGGUGAAGUUGAACCUGAUCAGCCAGAAGACGAGGUUAGAUCAGAAGAUAAUGACUCUAAAACCAGAGGUUAUUUGCAGGAACAUCCCUGGCAGGAAGAAAGAGGGGGAGAUUUGGAAGAAGAAUUGAGAGAACAGCCAAGAGGGCAGACUCUGGUAGAAGACGAAAAGGGAGGAGGAGCAGAAGAAGAAGCAAUGCAGGAAGAGAUAGAUAUGGCAGAAGAACCUGUGACUGUUUUAGAUGAUGAUAUUGAAGAGAUAGAGGACAGACAGAGGAGAGAGGUUCAAGAAGAAGUGCACACCACAAUUAUAGACCCUUCUGGAGCAGAGACUAAGGAUGAAGAGUGUCAAGAACUGCAAGGGGAAAAACUUGAACUUAGUAAGGAGAAUGAUGAAAUAAAAGAGGUUAAGCACGAUGAGAAAGUAGAAGAUGACAGCAGAGAGGUAGAAGCAAACGAGAAGACACAAGAUGAAUGCAAAGAGGUAGAGAAGGACGAGAAACCUCAAGAUGACAGAGAGGUAGAAGAAGACGAGACACAAGAAGACAACAGAGAAGCAGAGAAGAAUGAGAAACCACAAGAACACAGAGAGAUAGAGAAGGACGAUAAACCUCAAGAAAAAAACAAAGAGGUAGAGUUGGACGUAAAUGGAAGAGUUGAAGAAGUGAAGAAAUCAAUGGAAAAUGGGAUUUUGUCUCCUGAGCCGAAAAAUGAAGAACGUGGUUUGGCAAAAGUGCUGUCACUCAAGAGAAGAGAUAAUGACUGGAUCAAAAAAGUCCAACCAGAGGAAAAGAGUGCACCAGAAAACGAACUGUGGAGGAAAGAACUGAAGCCUGUGAAAAAGGACGUCUGGGAAUCUGAAAGUGGGAAAAAAGAAUGGUCGAGGAAGGAAACAUCACCAGAUCAGAAGAGCCCUCCCAGGAAGGAUGACUGGAUAAAGGAGCUGAAGUCAGUGAUCAAGAACGAAUCCUUGCCCAAAAAGGGGAAUGAGCAGAAGAAGAAGAGAGUGGUGUUAUUGGAGGAUGGCCAUUCGUACAUCCCCCAGCAUGAGGAGAUGAUCGAGGAGACGAGGGAGGAGGUGAAACUGAUCUCCCAUAGGAGGCCGGAGAGCUCGUUUCCUGCUGGGCACAAGAACAACAAGACACCCGAAGACCAGGACUACAAGAUCUCCCUCUACGUUAAGGCUGGGAGUGACGGGGAGAGCAUCGGUAACUGUCCAUUCUCUCAGAGACUCUUUAUGAUCCUGUGGCUUAAAGGGGUCAUCUUCAACGUCACCACUGUUGACCUCAAACGGAAGCCGGCGGACCUUCAGGACCUCGCUCCAGGAACCAACCCUCCCUUUGUCACCUUCAAUGGCGAGGUCAAGGUCGAUGUCAACAAGAUCGAGGAGUUCCUGGAGGAGAAACUGACCCCACCCCGCUACCCUCGACUGGCUCCCAAACAUUCUGAAGCCAACACAGCGGGAAUCGAUGUGUUCGCCAAGUUCUCAGCGUACAUCAAAAACCAGAGGAAAGACACCAACGAUGUCUUAGAGAAAGCCUUGCUGAAGUCCCUCCGGCGUCUUGAUGACUUCCUGAGGACUCCUCUGCCUGAGGAGAUUGACGCUGACGCCUCAGGAGACGUGCCCGAGUCCUCCAGGAGCUUCCUAGACGGCCCUGAACUCACCCUGGCUGACUGCAACCUGCUGCCUAAACUACACAUCCUUAAGGUUGUAGCCAAGAAAUACAGAGGCUUUGAGGUUCCAGCGGAGAUGACGGGGGUUUGGAGGUACUUAAACUGCGCCUAUCAGAGGGAGGAGUUCACCAGCACCUGCCCCGCUGAGAGGGAGAUCCACUUUGCCUAUCUGGAUGUUGCUAAAAAAAUCAAAUGAGAUGAAACAGAGAGGAGAGCUAUAUCAUGCCUAUCUGAAGUAGACUAAAUGAAGGAAAAGGAACUCCAGGUAAUAGACUAGGCCGACCUACAGUAUAGUAAAAUAGUUAGUCUUUUUAAAGCUUGGUUCCCUAUUACCUAUAUGUGUGUUGUUUCUACGGAGUGUGUGUGUGUGUGUGUGUUUCUAUGUGUGCUCCCACAGGUUGGGUUGCACAGUCUCUUCUUCAUGCUUAUUAUUUCACAAAUUAUGUUUUUUAUUUUCAGACGAUGACUAAAUCAAUAGCACAAUGAACAAGCAUUUCUCUUCAGUAUUACCGCAUUAGAAACCAUUUAGUCCAUGUUUAGCUACUAUGAUGUAAUCCAACGAUCUGGGUUUGGUUAAAAACGUGUCUGUUCAUUUAUAUCAGAAAACUUGAAAUUAUGCUUUUCUUAUUAUCUGCGUUUCAAACUCAUCUCAAAUCAUGUUUGUGUGAUGAAUAAAGUAACUUUACACCUUCCGUGUACGGUGAUAAGUUGUCAAUUGUUUGUUCAGAUCGCUGACAAUCAUAUUAUUGUUUAUCCGGAUUAAAUCUGGGAUUUUAUUAGCAUUGAAAUUGUGAAUGUAUUGGAUUAGGAGCCAGUGAGGGAACCUUCAAGAUGUAUCCCUAGUGUUACAAACACUUCGAUUCACGUAUCAAACCAACCAUAUUAUCAGCCUGCUGUGUUCUGGCCUUAUAUUCUGUCUGGGGACAAACUUUAUUAAACUGAUUUUAUCACUG